GUUGAUUGGGAACAUAUAUAUGGAGGGAAACAUGAAGGCUAUUUUCUUAGCCUUAGUUAUAUCUGUAAUUCUUGCAUUUGAUCAUAGCCUUCAAGUUAAUGCUAAUGCUCUUGCUAAGAGUAUGGUCAUUACAUGGGGUAAAGGAUAUGCUUCCAUUCAUGGUGAUGAGCUUGAACUUAAACUUCUUGACAAAAAUUCAGGUUCUGCAGCAAAGACUAAGGCAGCAUUUCUCUUCGGAAGUAUUGAAAUGCUAAUCAAACUGGUACCUGGAAAUUCUGCAGGGAUUGUUACAACUUUUUAUCUGUCAUCUAAGGGUGAUAAGCAUGACGAAAUAGACUUCGAGUUCUUAGGAAAUGUAACGGGACAACCUUACACAAUCCACACGAAUGUCUACAGUCAGGGAAAGGGAAACAGGGAAGAACAGUUUGUUCCAUGGUAUGAUCCAACUGCUGCUUUCCACAACUACACCAUUCACUGGAACCCAACAGAGAUUGUGUGGUACGUAGAUAGCAUACCAAUUCGUGUCUACAGAAACUACGAAAGCCAAGGAGUUCCAUACCCAAAUAAACAAGGAAUGGGAGUUUAUACAAGUUUGUGGAAUGCUGAUGACUGGGCAACAAGAGGAGGUCGUGACAAGGCCGACUGGUCCCACGCUCCAUUCACGGCUCACUAUCGCAGGUUUAGGGCAAGAGCUUGCAAAUGGAACGGACCAGUCAGUAUUAAUCAGUGUGCCAGCCCUAAAAACUGGUAUACAUCUCCGGUUUACAGCAAGCUAUCUAAUGCUAAAAAGGGUCAAAUGGAUUGGUAUAGAAACAAAAGUAUGAUCUAUGCUUAUUGCAAAGAUACUAAAAGAUUCAACGGAGUUAUGCCAAGAGAAUGUUCGUUACCCCAAUUUUAGUUCAUUUUCAUCAACAAGUUGAUCUAUGCUUAUUGCAAAGAUACUAAAAGAUUCAACGGAGUUAUGCCAAGAGAAUGUUCGUUACCCCAAUUUUAGUUCAUUUUCAUCAACAAGUUGCCACUGACACUGUCAAUGGUGGAUAUGAGUUGGAAAAUUUUCUGUUUUACCUUUUCUUUCAAGUGUUUGUAAGAGAUGAUGGUACGUACUAAAUCCCUAAAAUGGUUUCAGUAUCGUUUUCUUUUAAUUUCGUGCUUACUUCUGUUUAUUUUCUUUUAAUUUUGUGCUUAUGUUCAUUUUCUACGCCUUCCGGAAACAUAACUAUAUGUUAUCUAUUUGUUGUUAAUUUCGAUGUUUCUCAUAUUCUCCUCAAGUGUAUAAAAAACAAAGGGCUACGGCCAAUGCAUUUACUA